ACUUCCCGCCCAGGGGUAAAUACCGGAAAUGCAAAGCUUAUGUUUUUGCAUAAUAUUAUCAAAGAGUUUUCCAAAUUUGCGUUGUUUUUCGCUUUUAUUUUUUUUCUGUGAAGUUUCUCACUUUCACCAGCUCUUUCCGAUAAGCAGCUAUUCACCUUUUAAUUAGAUAAAUAUUUUAAAUUACACGUGCCACUUGAUUCCCGGACAGUGGCUCCAGACGCACAUGACGCAAUGGUUGAAUGUGUUGUAUUUAUUAAUUAAAAAUAACGAUAUUCUGACACAUAAUGCAAAUUCUUGUGGUGGCGCGAGUCUAGUUUUCUAUCUCGGGGCUGGGAUUUCGGGUUAAAUAUUCAAAAUGGCGGAUGGAGGAGCAGCGAGUCAACAUGAGAGUUCGGGACCAGCCUUGCAUUUUUUUCUUUCAGAGUCAAAAAUGAGUAAUCCGUCAGACACGAGUAAAGGCGCAAUGGAGCCCGGGAAUGGGAACACUGGUGCCCAAACAAAUGGACUGGACUUUCAGAGACAGACCGUGCAGACGACGAGCGCGAUCACCAACGCGCACACACAAGCCCUGCUGCAGCAGUCUAAGUCAGAGGACUCGGGGGAGCUUCCGGCCUCCAGCCAGCAGGGGGCGCUGCCCCAGACGCAGCUGAUGUUGGCCGGGGGACAGAUCGCCGGACUGACCCUGACUCCUGCUCAGCAGCAGCUGUUGAUUCAGCAGGCUCAGGCCCAGCUCCUCGCUGCAGCCGUGCAGCACUCAGCCAGCCAGCAGAACAACACCACGGGAGCCACCAUCUCUGCCUCAGCAGCCACGCCCAUCACCCAGAUCCCCCUCUCUCAGCCCAUCCAGAUCACGCCUGACCUACAACAGCUGCAGCAGCAGAACUUGAACCUGCAGCAGUUUGUGCUGGUGCAGCCGGGCCACCCCAUCGCAACCCAGCUGCAGCCGGCGCAUUUCAUCAUCUCGCAGACUCCGCAGGGGCAGCAGAGUCUUCUGCAGGCCCAGAACCUGCUAACCCAACUACCUCAAAGCCAAGCCAACCUCCUGCAGACUCAGCCAAGCAUCACCCUCACCACACAGCCAGCGACACCCACGCGCACGAUAGCGGCCACGCCCAUCCAGACACUUCCGCACAGCCAGACGACACCAAAGCGCAUCGACACACCCAGUCUGGAGGAGCCCAGUGACCUGGAGGAGCUGGAGCAGUUCGCCAAGACCUUCAAACAGCGGCGGAUCAAGCUGGGCUUCACUCAGGGGGACGUCGGCCUCGCCAUGGGCAAACUGUACGGCAACGACUUCAGCCAGACCACCAUCUCCCGCUUCGAGGCCCUCAACCUGAGCUUUAAGAACAUGUGCAAGCUCAAACCGCUGCUGGAGAAGUGGCUCAAUGAUGCAGAGAAUCUGACGUCUGACCAGGCGAUGACCAGCCCGUCGUCCCUGGGCUCCUCCCCCCUGGGCCUGGAAGGGCUCAAUCGCCGCCGCAAGAAGAGAACCAGCAUCGAGACCAACAUCAGAGUGGCCUUAGAGAAGAGCUUUCUGGAGCAGAACAAACCACUGAGGAACACAUGUCGCGGACGCUGAAAGAAGGAGGUGAUCCGCGUGUGGUUCUGCAACCGCCGGCAGAAGGAGAAGCGGAUCAACCCCCCCAGCAGCAGUGCCAACAGCACCCCCAUCAAAGCAAUCUUCUCCCCCACCGCCCCCAUGGUCCCCAGCACGGCGAGCCUUGUGACCAGUAACACACCGACCACGUUGACUGUAAACCCCAUCCUGCCUCUCACCAGCACGGCCGUCACCAGCCUCGGCUUCACAGGCACGACCAUCGGGCCGAUGACCACCAACACGGCGUCCGUCAUCUCCACCGCGCCCCUGGCGACCUCGGUGGUGACCACGCCCUCGCUCAGCCCGUCGUCCGCGGCGCUCCAGACCACGGGGGCGGAGUCGGGCGGGGGGGCGGAGCACGCCGUGGUGACGCAGGCGCCGUCCUCGCUGGCCUCCGCGCUGGGGGCGGGGCAGGUGAUGGUGACCGCCCCCGGGCUCUCGGCCGCGCUCCAGGGCGCCCAGCUGCCCACCAGCGCCAGCCUGGCGGCCAUGGCGGCGGCGGCCGGACUCAGCCCGGGCCUCAUGGCGUCCUCGCAGUUCGCCCCUGGCGGGGCCCUGCUGAGCCUGGCCCCUGGGGCCUUGGGCAGCGCCCUGAGUCCCGCUCUGAUGAGUAACAGCACCCUUGCCACCAUUCAAGCGCUGGCCUCGGGCGGCACCCUUCCCAUCACCUCCCUGGACGGCAGCGGGAACCUCCUGUUCGCCAGCACCAGCGCGGGGAGCACCCCGAACCUGGUGACCGCGCCCCUGUUCCUCAACCCCCAGAACCUGUCCCUGCUGACCAGCAACCCGGUCAGCCUGGUGUCGGCGGGCGGGGCCGGAGGGGCGGGCGGGGCCCUCAACCUGGUGACCACCACCGCCGCCCACGGCGAGGCGCACCACAGCGUGGUAACCACGGCGAACGUGCCCGCCACAACCAUCACCACAGCCUCCAAGGCCCAGUGAACUCAAGGCCACGCCCACUCAUAUCCUUAACCCCUCCCCUCCAUUAUCAUUUAUUUAAUCAUUUUGCUGCCACCAAAAAGAGGAAAAAAAAACACUGAUAAAGAGGAUUUUUGUUCCUUUCUUUUUUCUUUUUUUGCGCCCCUGUCAAUGCCCUUUACUUCAGACAGGGCUGUGAUUGGAGGGGGGCGCGUGGUUCCUUUUGGUUUUUCUCUCCCCCUGGUGUGACCUUUGGUGUGGCAGUGCUCACCAGUCGCUGUCAUUAUCGUGAGGGGACCAGGAGGUCUUUCUGCAGAGGGCAGUUACCGUGGUCCCCUGAGCCCGGGUCGGGUUGGACCGGACAGUGCAGCUCUGGGUGCAGUCCUGCCACCUUCUGAAGAUCACAGAAAACCUUAUUUUGACUAUUUUAAAAAAAUAUAUUUCUUCUUUUUUUUCCCCCCCGUUUCCUUUUUCCUCUCCAGGACUGCCUCUUGAAACUAACUUAAAUUAUUCUAACCAAAAAAGUGCGAUAAGACUUUUUAUCAACUGAGUUCUCUUACUAAUGACGUUAAGAUUCACUAUCACAUGAUUGUUUCUUUUUAUUUUUUAUUUUUAUUUUAAUGGCUGUUCUGUAGUUUUAGUGUCUGUGAUUUUUACUUUACUGACGGGUCUGGUGUUGAGGCCAUCACACUGUUUAUAUCAGAUUUCUGACUGAAACGGCACAGAGGCUUUCUGCGUGUGUGGUCUGUUCUGUUUUUGUCUUAAUUGCUGUAUUUUACAGACACGCACGCGCGUUUUGUUUUGUCUCUUCUUUUUUUAAGCAGGUGAGCAUUUGUGAACCUUCUCAGAGUGGUAUUUAGCUUUACGUUGGUAUAGCCCUGAUAACAAUUACAAUGACGGUUAGAAGGCUUUAAUAUUUGUGAUAACUGACUGAACCUGCGUUGCUGUAAGCGAAUCAUGCAACUGGGCUGGCUUUCUAAUAAUAUUUGUCUGUCUCUGUUUGAAACACUGAUUUUUGCAGCCAUUUGUAUAGUUUAAUGUCUAGAUAUGAACUACAGACUACACUGAUCGAAAUACUUUAGUAAUAUUAAGAGCUUUAAAGGGGGGCAAAAUGAGACUGGGGGGGCAGGAGGUUGGGGGGUGCUUAUAGCUUUAGCGAAUGUGAAGACCUGGAAUUUCAGGCUGGGAAUUCUCUGCACAUUCUGCGAGUUGGUAUUGUUUCUGAGGGGCCUGCCUCGGUGCUGUGUGUCACACGGCCCGGGGCCCUGGUCUCAUUGGUUGAGGGGGUGGGGGGUGGGCGGGGGCCUGCAGUGACAGAACAUGUCAUGGCAAUCAGAAUAGUCGUGGUGAUGUUUCAGGAGCUCUCUUUGAAUUAUGUAGUGGUUGAUGUUGGGGCUGUUUUAUACACUUUCUGUUAUUGUGAAACUUCUCCUACAUGUGCACAGUGUCUGUACCAAAAACUGGAUUAGAAAACUGCGGUCUGCUUGCUUUGGGAAAGUAAUAUUAGGAAACGUUUGACUCUAUUUUUUUUUUUUUUUUUUUGAGAGUUCUUUUAAUGAUAGUGUCUUUUUUAUUUUCUUUUAUGUUUGACAGGCCUAUAAUCAGAUAUACCAAAAAUCUUUAAAACUAUUGCUGUAUAUUAUUACUGUAGCAUAGCAUAAAUAAUUUUUCAGUUAUUAAUAGGGGCUUUCUUUAGAACAGAAGAUGAUGAUAAUGCAAUAUUUUGAUGAUCCUUUCCAAAGACUGACUACAUUUGAUUUCCCUUGAGGUGCGGAAAUAACGACCCUCCUUGUUCUGCUCAUCGAUGCCUGUAUAUGUGGGGGUGGGGGGGGGGGGGUACACCGAAUUAACCAAAUAGAUACGGAGGAGAAAUGGGUGUAUGUGGGGUGUAGGAGUCACCCCGUAUGAACACACCUUAGGAGGAUUUCUGAAAAGCUUUAGUCUUUAUCAUUUGGGUUUUAGUUGGGGGAAAAAAAGAGCAGAUUAAUUGCAACCCUUCUGUGAUCAUGAAAUUAAUAUAUUUGUGUUUUAUUUUGAAAGUUGUUUGGGUUAGGGGUGUGGCUGGGUGUUGUCUUUGUGUGCCUGAAUUAUUAUUAUUAUUUUUCUAAAAAACAAUUUUUGCAUGCCUUUCCCCCCUCUUGCUUGUUUCAAAUGCCAGAUUUUGUUAUUUUAUUUUAUUUUUUCCUAACACGUCCGUGUUUAUGGCAGUAGAAACUGUAGUGAUGAAUCAUAGUGGGGCUGUUUUUUUUUCUUUCUUCCUGUUAUCAGCCAUCUAACAAAGCUUUAACCAAAGUGUUACUCUCUCUAGCUGCUGUGGCAGCAAGCGUGCGUCUGUGUGACUGGCUUUCUGACCGGCACCGUUCUGCAUGCUACUGACUACUUAACCUUACACACGCUAUGUUCAAAUAUUCCUCCCUCACCUUAUUUACAGUUAUUACUUUUCCCUUUUUUAAAAUUUUUGUAAAUUUUUUUUUUACCCCUCAUGAUUUUUGUGUCAUGCUCUCUGGCGGGCUUGUGAGUGAUACUUGCAUCGAGGAGAAAAAUAAAAUAAAAUUAAAUACCGGUCUCGGGUCUGGGGAUCAGAUUGUUGAGCGACGCAUCACUUUUAGAUGAGCAUUUUGCGCAGAUUCUGACCAGGUCACCUGGCCCCGAUUUAGUUCUGAUAUCCGAAGUAGUGUGAGGCGCCUUUUGUUUUCUCCCCCCUCAACAACUACAAUCUGUCAAUCAGAGUAUUAGUAGGACCUUCCCCAUCUCCCCACAGAUCCCCAGUGUGUGUGUGAGCCCAGAUAGAGCUGUGCUACACCCGAUCAUUUAGCACCGUUAGCCAGCGCAAGACUCGAUGGAUCAAGCGGCCAAGCCCUGCCAGUGUGACCAGAGCAAGGCCCUCCUGCAUGCUUUUUCAUCUACGUUUCAUUUUUAUUUUUAUUUUUUCAUUUUAAUAAAAAAAAAAAAUCAUGUUACUUUCAUUAAAUACCUCAGUGGCACUUCUAAGCAAAUAAGGUUCACUUUAAGCGAAACGAAACUACAUUGUUUUCGUUAAUAGACAGUAAUAGAACCGUCGAUUAUUUGUGUGACUUUGCUGUGCAUUUUUAAGGAAACAAAAAAACAAAAAACAAAAAAAAAAGAUGCUGUUUUUAGUAAACGAUACUGAGAAAAAUGCUACUACUACUAUUACUACUACUACUGCUACUACUACAACUAGUACUACUAUGUUUCUGGAGUGAUUUCUGGUUAUGCGUAAUGAUUCUUUUGCAGCCCUGCUUGCCAAAGCAGGUGUGUCUGCAGGCUACCUGGGAGCAGGUUUUGGGUGACUGCACACCUACAGUGCACUGCAGGCGGCCCAGUGUAUGUUACUUCCCAGGUCCCUGAACUGGGCACGUGCGGUAUGCUGCUAGUUAGCGUGUCGUGUCAGUCCAGGAACUUACAAAAAAAUAUAUCUUGAAUGAAUUCAUAAAAUUUGGGGAAAGGUGUUUUUUUUAAUUCUUUGAUAUAAGUGUAUUCUCAUACGUAAAUAUUAUGAUUAUUAUCGAUAGUUUUUAUUUCUGAAUGGGUAUGUUAGCAGUUAAUGAAUGUAGUGGUUUGUCAUGCUUAUUCUCUAGAAGACAAAAAUGCAAAACUUUUGACUUCCUUUUUUUAUGAGAGCAAUGCUAAAAUUCUGUAGAGACCAAAAACUAUAACCCCAGCCCUCUGCUUAUGUGGGUGUGGCCUGUGGGUGAGUGGCACUGUUCUCAGGCCCCGCCCCCUCAGUGGGUUAGGUGAGGUUGCUUUGGUGCUUCUGGUGGACUCACUCUGCUACAAUAGUUACCUAGGGAACAACUCAAAAGCACCCGAUCUUAAACGCUUAUUUUUGCUUGUAUUUCUCUUGCUGGUACUACUUCUGUGCAUGACUUGCUUUUUUUUUUUUUUAAAUAAGUGGUUAACAAUCAUUUAAUUUUUUUUAUUAUUCGUUUAUGCAUUUAUUGAUUUGCAUCACAAGAGGGAGCAAGAUCACUGGCUUGUGUGAUUUAUCACAGCUCUUCUUCAAGUCUUUUGUAUCUUUUUCCAGUGUUCAUGAAAUGUAGUUCUAAACGUGCUCGUUCACGUGCACACAGUCGCUUGCGUUUCAUUUGGUACAUAUCAGCUGACAAAAUGGCAGGUGUUCAAAAGUUGUGAGUUUCAGCGUGUGUGUGUGUGUAUGUGGGGAAUGGUCCGCAUGUUUGUGGGAGAUGUGAGGGUAAAUCCUUGCAUAUAACUCCAGUAGGCAUGUGACUGGUGGAGCAGUGAUUCCUGGUGAUGGUCGACUGAUUUGCCAGAGAAAUCUCUUGUAUUGUGGUUUUGUAGGACUGGUGGAAAAAUGGAACUGUGUAUGGAAAGCACUUGCUAGGAAAUGUUUUAUAGAGGAGGAAAAAAAUUUCAUUAGGAGAAAUACAGAGGGGGAGGAUGAGAUGUCUUUUAAAUUUGUAUUUUUUUUUUUCCCCCCUAAAUUAAAAGAAGAAAAAUGAGACGAUGUAGAUAUGUCAAAGCUGGCUCAGAAUUAGCUCGUCAGAAGUCUGUGGGGGCCUUGCCCUUGUCACUGUGAGUGGCAGGAGAAUAACCAAUAGCAUUAACCCUUGUGGGAAGGGCCCUUGCGUUGGCGUUUCACUGGUGGCAGUGAAAAGCCGCCUCUUGUGGUCACAGGCUUCAGUGAGUCAGUAUAAAUGGAGAGGCGUCUUAUAGUUCCUCUUGUGUUGCCAGGACUGUCAUGUGGGGGUGGGGUGCGGGAGGGGCAGUUCACAGUUCCGCCACAGCCUGGGGAGAGCAGGAGGGUGGUGGGGGUGAGGGCGGGGGGGGAGGGGGGAGGGGGGGGUAAAGGAAGCUGUUGUAUACCUCAUUUCUGACUCGAGACUGAGUAAACUUGCUUUAAUCCUUUUUAAGAGAAGAAAAAAGAAAAACAAAAAAAAACGAUCCCGCCGGAGUAGUCUACGGGCGUCCGUUUAGUGUAUACCUGCGGGUGGGACGGGGCGCAGGGCCCCGCCCGGGGGUCGUCAGGGGAGACAGCCUCAACAAACACGCUCACGAAUGUCUGCUUUAAAAGGGAACGCUGCCGUUCAGAAUAUCUACACACUUUUUUACUCCCCAGCAUCCUUGUGUUUUUAAAUCCUAUUUCUGAUUGGACCGAUUCUGUUCUUUUGCGGAGUUUUCUGCACAGUACCAAAACUGCUUAGGCACGCUGUGCUCAAAAGAGCCCCCCCCCCUCCCCAUCCUGCCAUUUUGUUAUGAUUUUGGACAAUCCUUUGCGAGCGGCUUCCCUGCUGAUUGUGAAUGUAGAUGAGAGAGGUGUGAGCUCUGUCUCUCCCUGGCCCCGCCCACACCCUCGGGGAAAACCAAAGACUUGUCAAUGAUUGUAUCUAAGCCAUCUCCAGUCCUGCCUCGCCCCUCUACUGUAACACAGAGAAUAUGCUAGCACCUGGGCAGGUACGCUGCACCUGACCGAGAACCGCAGUGCCAUCUGUCCACCGACACGGCACUCCUGACCACGCGUGCGUGCGUGUGUACAUAAAGCAUAUAUAUAUAUGCUCCUGUAUUCUCCGGUGCUCUCACCUGUCUACAGGUAAAGCAGGUGGGUGUGCAUCACUGUUAAGGCGGAGCCGGAGUGCCGGCGCACCUGCCGGAGGGCCGCCGGGCGUGGCUGUGCAGGGACGGGAGCGUCGCCGUGGACUACUCUGUCGGGCGCUUAUAUUAACCCUUUGUGGGCUGGGUGACGUUUAUUAAUACACACUGAGGGGGAGACCUGGGUGCAUAGCCAUCGCUCAGGAUUCACUGUUUCUGUCUGUUGUCACUAUGAUCUCUUCCUCGUUCUGUCUCUUUCUCUCUCUCUCUCUCUCUCUCUCUUUUGGGUUUCAUUUUAUGUCUCUUGUUUUGUUCCCUAUUUCAUACGACACUGUUAUAAUGUGCGACUAUGCAUCGUAUCCCUCAACCCUGUGUGGACUGAGUCUGGAUGUCCUAGCACGUCGGUAAAUGGAUUUGACACUUUUUUGUUUUUCUUUUUUUUCUUUUUUUUAAGUCUAAGUGGGGGUUGUAGGAUCUUUACAAGCUCUAUUCCAAAGCAAAAAUCCAAAUAUUAACGUUCGCCUGACGCAGAUACCAAAGAUGACUCUCUAACCCAACAGCCCGUGUAUUAAGAGACAGAACCCAGCACCUGCAUUAGACCUAACCUCAGUAAUUCCAAAGCUUAGAUGUAUAUUUUGAUAUUUUUCUGGGAUAAUUAAGGAAAAAAAAAAGGUUUUGUGUCGUUUUAAACUACUUGUUUGUUUGGUGUAUUGCUCUUUUUGUCAUGGCAUGGAGUUAAAUACAAAACUGUCUUACUCUUGGUAGGUAUAAAAUAGUAUUUUUGUAUGUUUUGGGUGUGUCUCAAUGUAUGUGAUAUCUGUUUCACUGCCCAGUUAUCAUGGUUUUAAAUACUGGUAAAAUAAAAAUAAAAAAUGAAUGAAAAAAAUAACGUGUACAUAUUACUUUAUCGUAGGUUUCAAAAAGAUGUGCAUCUCUAAAAGUAAAACUUUUCACCCACUACAGUUUGGGCUGAUGGAAUGUGUCCCUUUUUUAUUUUUAUUAUUAUUCUUUUUAAUAAACUACUCCUUUUUUUUUUUUCUUUUUCAAAACUCGGCCUUGUAGUCCUCAUUGUUGUCAUGGUGAUGCGGUAAGUGGCGAGUGUUUGGAUCACACUAGCUGUAAGAGGGGGUAACCAUCCAUGUUGUUGACCCAUGGGUUGGUGGCUCUCUUCUUGGUUGCUGUGGGGACACAUCCGUGAUCUCUGUCUAAAGAGACAAGGUGGCUUAGUUCUAACAGAUUUUGUAGACAUUUUUUGUGAAUCCGUAUAUAUGGUAGAUUUGUGUAGAUGCAUUCAUCUGCUGUAUUUUUUUGGUUUCUAUUUUAUUUUGUUUUUUUAUAUAUAUAUAUAUAUAUAUAAAGAAUCUUACUGUAACUGUACAGUACUUUUUUGUUGUAAACAUCAUUAAACCGUUUUCCAAGUGUUUUAA